UGUGACUUGUCAAUCUAACAAUUUAUUAUCUCAGCAAGACGACCACCAACGUGUCCCAACUCUCCUUCAUUUUACAAUUUUUAGCUGGAAAACAAUGAUACCAUUAAAGUUUAUAGUUUUAUUCCUCCUUCCAUUAAUUCCUGCUCGAGGGGACACCUCCACGGAAAGCAAAGUACACUUAAGAAAUGGUGAAGUUCAUGGCGGAUCCGCCAUUUCAAGUCGGGAUGGAAAACCGUACCAUUUCUUUAAAGGAAUCCCAUAUGGAAAAGUGGAAAAACGAUUCGGUACCGCAAGACACGCCGAUCGAUGGUUUACUCCUUUACAAGCGAUUGAUUCCGGUCCAGGCUGCAUAACUUCGGGAAUGAUGGGACCAAUUACAGGAGUCGAGGAUUGCUUAACCCUGGACGUCUACACCACAAAAUUGCCAUCCUCCAAUGACAAAACUCUGUUCCCCGUGAUGGUUUGGAUUCACGGCGGUGGUUUUGUUGAAGGAGCCUCGUCCGAAUAUGGGCCGUCCUACUUUAUGGAAUCGGACACCAGCGUUGUCCUCGUCGUGAUAAAUUAUCGCCUUGGUCCGCUCGGAUUUCUGAACGCGGGAACCUCUUCCGCUUCCGGCAACCAAGGUUUAAAGGAUCAAGUCCUUUCGCUGCGCUGGGUGCAAGACAACAUCGCCCAUUUCUCCGGGGACAAGAACUGCGUCACGAUUUUCGGCGAGAGUUCUGGGUCAAUAUCAGUGUCAUUUUUGACACUUUCUCCCAUGGCGGAAGGCUUAUUUCAUCGUGCCAUAAUGCAGAGUGGGACGGCCAUCCAGCCUUUCAACUAUCACGGCAUGGAUGGACCUACGCUGGCAAAAAGGUUGGGACGAGAGUUGGAUUGUCCGACGAGUCAUGGAGAAUAUUUGGUGGAAUGUUUGCAGAGAAUUGAUCCAAAACUGUUCGGACCUUGGAUGAAGUUAGUGAAUGAAUUUGGCUUUGACGAAUCCGCAAUGUUCAUGGGACCCUCCAUCGAAACAUAUACAAAAGGCGAUGUCUUCAUUGCGGAAGAUCCUUACGACCUCGUAGCGUCUGGACGAUUUCACAAGGUUCCCAUGAUGAUGGGAUUGAUCGGGUGGGAGAAUUAUGGAUCCGCUCUGAUUGUCACAAGCGAUACCACAUUAACCCAAAAGGUAAAAUCCCAAUGGGGUCGGGUCGCACCGAACAUGUUGUUCUUAACCCAUUCAGCGGAGGACCCAUCUCAAACAGUGAACGCAAUACGGGAUCGAUUCCUCCGGAACGGUAUCGACCUGGUCUCAUUCGAGAACAUGAUUUCUGAACGCCACUGGACUUAUCCGUUCCGAACGAUGGCUGCCCUCUAUGGAAAACAUGUCCCCGUUUAUGUGUACAAUUGGACGCAACAAGUCCCAAUUUUGACGGACCCAGUUUUAUCGAAAUUUAUGCCGAAAUUUGAAGAUGGAAGUACUCGACGUGUUUCAUCACAUGCGGACGAACUUCCCUAUCUUUUCGACUGGACGGGACCAAUGGGACAAUUUUAUGAACCAAUCAGCAAAGGCUCGGAGGAUUAUGAGUUCUCCAAGCAGUUAGUUUCCACUUGGACAUCGUUCGCAAAAACUGGCAAACCUGACGGGCCGUGGGAGUCUUGGUUAACGUUUGAGGAUGAACAUGAUACCGGGGACCAGAACAUUAUGCACCUUGAGGAUCCACCCGUACUGCGCCCAGUCCCCGAAGUGUGGAAAGACAAUGACGAAUUUUGGAAGGAGCAAAAUAUCAAAGAGUAUGGAAAUUCUUGGUCCGAUAGUAAGAUGACAGACAAGUGCAGGGAGUGAAGAACUAGCUUAUUUGCACAAAAAUCAAAGUGAAAUAAAUAAAUAUUGCACCAGUAAUUCGGAAAAUUGUUAGUUCGGAAAUAAUUUGAUUUCGAAAUAAGACGUUAAAUUUCGUUUGAUUUUCGUCAAGCUCAAACACAAGUAAAACACAUUGUAAUCACUUGUUGUAAUAGUACUUUGAAUCAUUAUUAAAUUGAUAGAUUUUUGUAAUGA